AUGGAUCUGAAGCGUAAAGAGAUCGAGUACUUAGUAGGAGACUUAGUUUUUCUUAAGGUCUCGUCGUGGAAAAAUAUACUGAGAUUUGGUUGGAAGGGCAAGUUAAGCCCUAUGUUCAUUGGGCAGUACCAUAUAUUGAAGCGUGUAGGACGGGUUGCCUAUCAACUUAAGUUACCUCCAGAGUUGGACUGGAUUCAUGACAUGUUUUAUGUUUCCAUGCUGAGGCAUUAUCGCUCGAAUCUUGAGCACAUUGUCUCAACCAAGGAGAUUGAGGUUAAGCUAGAUCUGACCUUUGAGGAGGAGCCAGUUCAAGUUUUAGAUCGUGAUGUAAACGUUCUGAAGAGAAAGUCUAUUCCACUAGUUAAAGUACUAUGGUGUAAUCACAGUUUUGAGGAAGCCACGUGGGAACCCAAGGAGAUGAUGCAGCAGUAA